AUGAAGAAGUUCAAGGAAGAAUUCAUGAACCAAGGAGAUGAUGCACUGGUUUUGAAUGGUGAGUUCUUGCACAUUAGGUGUGCGACUCAUAUUCUUAAUCUUAUUGUCAAGGAAGGGUUAAGUGAGGUCGAUGAUAGCGUGACUGCGAUUCGGAAUGGUAUUCAGUACGUGAGGUCUUCAACCAACAGACAGAAGUCUUUCGAGUUUCGGGUUGACACGGGAAAGAUGACCAGAGGAAGCCUUCCAUUAGAUGUCAAGACAAGAUGGAACUCGACGUAUCUGAUGAUAUACCAAGCAAUCAAAUUCAGGGCAGCUUUCGAGAAGAUGGAGGCUGAGGACAAACCGUUCAAUGACUACUUCUUGGAGCUUGAAAAUGGGAAAAAGAGGAUUGGACCGGCUUGUACAAGAGAUUGGGAAGAAGCUGAGAGGUUGGUACACUUUCUUGUCAUCUUUAACAAUUCAACUUUGAUACUCUCGGCUACAAAGGGGAUUACAUCGCACAAGAUCUACAAUGAGAUUGUCACCAUCACUAGGAAUGUCAGUAAGAUAAGCUAUGCACCAGGUGCUGAUGAAUUACUUCAGAUGAAAGCUUUGACGAUGAUGGGGAAACUAAGGAAGUACUGGAAUCCGUUUACAGAAGAAUCUGAGGCUGAGAGUGGUAAGUCUAAGAGCUGUAAGAUGAAUAAGCUUUUGAUUGUUUCUACUGUUUUUGAUCCAAGAAAGAAGAUGAAUUUUGCUAACCUCUGCUUUGAGAAACUCUAUGGAAAAGAAAGCAUCGAGUUUACUCUGCUUUCUGAAUCAAUUACGGAUAUCUUGAAGCGCUUAUAUGAUGAGUACAGUGUUGGAUACAGCACAAGUGGUGGAGGAUCAGGCGGUUCACAGUCUCAAGGAGGAUCAUCUUCACAGUCGCAGUCGCAGGGUAGUGGUGCAGUUCUACAAAAUCAAAACAUAGGCAAUGGGAUCGGGUAUGAGCGAAUGGAUAAUCUGUACGAGGAGCUUGUAGAAGAAACAGGUACACAAGAUUCUAGUAAUGAGUUAGAAGUGUAUUUGAGAGAGAAAGUAGAGGUUACAAAAGCUGUUAGUGGACUUGGAGGCGAGUUUGAUGUUUUAUCAUGGUGGAGAAGGAACAGUGUGAAGUUCCCGAUCUUGUCUCAGAUAGCUGCUGAUAUUCUUGCGGUUCAAGCAUCAUCUCUUGCAUCAGAAAGUGCAUUUAGCACUAGUGGGAGAGUCUUAGACCCAUAUAGGAGCUGCUUGACACCCUUUAUGGUCGAGGUGUUGGUGUGCACAUAA